AUGGCAGCCAUCAAUCCUGAACACUACACUACGCCACUGCCUGAGAAUUGCAGCGACUACGACAUGGAGCUGCAGGACCCCGACGUGGCCACCAAUUCGUCGUAUGUUUGCGUGCUGGCGUGCAUGGCCUCUCUGAUACCACCGUUUCUGGAUGGACUGGGACCGAUGUCUGCGCGCAAAACGCCCGCCGAGAUGUAUGACCACAUCCAGGCCUGCGACCGGGCGAUGCGUGUCCACAUUGCCAAUAUCCCCGAAUUUCUGCUGCGGAAGGAGGGCGGCGCCACAGCCACGGCCACUUGCCCUGCUUCUUUGCCCUGGAUCCCUCUCGCGCGGCACACGCUGGCCAUCAGCGCAGCUGAGAUGAUUAUCAUGAUUCACCGACCGGUACUGUUUGAGUCGUUGCAAAGUGCGGCCUUCCGGCCGACAAGGGCCAUCUGCGUGUCGGCCGCCGUGACGAUCCUGCGGGAGCACGAGCAGGUCAUUGCCGCCGGUGUCGUGUCCAUCUGGACGCACUCGGCUUUCUGUGUCACUGGCGCUGUUGUUCUCGGCCUCGAGCUCUUCCACCGAACCGACCACAGCGACGACACUGCUCACGCCUACCGCCAGAUGCUGGCCCGUGCCUCUAACCGCCUGCACUCACGCCGCUGCGACGCCAUCGCCCGCCGCGGUGCCUUGCUCAUCGACACCCUGCUGACUGCCGAGGAGGACCUCGUGCUGCGCAUGAUGCGAACUGCCCGACGACAGACCGAUGCGGCUGCCGAGGACCAUCAGCGCGCCAUCAUCAACGACAUGAUCGGCAGCCACGAGAUCAUGGCUCGCUUUCUCGCUGGGUCCCUCACGAAGUCGUCUGCCACCGCCGUUGCUUCUGUCAACAUCUCUCCACGCGUCACUAUAGCCUCUUUAACCAACGGGCCCAGCACCGAAAUCACUAUUUCCGGCAGUAACAAUGCUCUGCCAUCUCUGGACUAUGACGCUGCCCAUGACUUUGACCUAUGGUUCAAAGAGGUUUUUGCGCCCGUGUACGAUCCGAUAGUGUAG